CUACACGCAGUUCUGUCAUUUUUGGUCAGAUAAGAGCGAACGCGCGUAGAGUGAACAUCGUCAGCGCAUCGUUUGGGUGAAAAACGCAUUUUUUCGAUGGUCAAAAGUUAUGAAAAAGUGUGAAAAACCAGACCAAAGUGCUUAAAAGUGUGCAGUGGAGUGAUUCUCAUGCGAUUCUGUGUUUUCCGCCGUGGAAAGUCUCCAGUAAAGUUAUUUGAGAGAAGUACAUCAGUACGAGAGCUGAAGAUGAAGUAAAAAGAUUUCAUCAACGGUGGAUCACAGAGGUAUAAACCCUCAUGAGCCAAGAAAAGAAGAAGAAGAAGAAAAACUGUUGAAAAAGUGAUCAAGUGACAAAGUGUUGAAAAAAAGUGAAAUUAUCGGUGUUUUUUUUUUUUGAAAAUUUUGUCAAACCCUCGAAGAUCGGUAACGAAAAAAAGGCAAAAGAGGGGUUGCAAUUGUGAACCAAGAAAAAAAAGAAGUAAAUAUCCUUGAAGUGUCCUGAAUGCAGCUAACAAAAAAAAGAAAAAUGAAAAACGUUGCAAGGGCGCAAGUGGUGUGAGAAAACGUAAAAAAAGGAAAAAUUGUCGGGAGUGAAGAAGAGAAGUGAGGAAGGAGAAGAAGACGGGAUGGAAAGUGGGUGAAGAGAAAAAUGUUGGGCUACGCCUAAGAGUAAGGAAAAAAGGAAAAGUUUGAAAAAAACCGUGAACGUGGAAAACAUCGUUGAAAAUACGCAGUGAAGAAUAUUGUGCUAUUUAGUCUUUUUGCGUAGUUUUUUUUUGCGCGCGGGGGUAAGAGAGAAAAGUGUCUCCGGAAGUUCCUCAGAUUGAAGAACUUCCUGGUUGUGUAUUGUUUAGUUCUCUCAUAUUUUUUUUUAUUCGUUGCUCCACCCACAUUCACAACCCCUUUUUGGGCGCAGAAGAGAAAAGAAGGCAAGAAAAAAAACGAAAAGAAUUGUUAGAUAUAUUAUUAUUAUAUAUAUUUGGGGACUGAAAAGAAGAAAAUGGAUGCGAAAAUGUACAUGAAAUCGUGGAAAGAGUGUCCAAAUCAUUGGAAAAGUGGACUCAAUGUGAGGCUCCAGUCCGAAGUCCUCUAGUUGAUCCACUCCUCAAAUUUUGGGCAGUGUUUUUUGAGGCAAAAGUAUAAAUCAAUACGAGAAGCCAAGAAGAGAAGUUAUAUAUCUCUCCAUUUUCAGUGUGAUUCUGUGUGUGACGAGAGAUAGAAGGCAAAAGAAUAAAAAAAAAAGGUGGAGUAGAGGGAAAAGUGUGAGGAAAAUUUUGUGUGUGCAGAAUUUUCUCCAGAAACCCUCGAAACAGUGUCAAGAAAAAAUUGAUUAAGAGUUUUCAAGUAUAAAACGAAAGUUUUUUAGGAUAAAGCUUAGAAAGAGGGGAAGAAACAAGAAAAAAGUGAAGUUUCUUUUCCCUGUGUUUAGUUUAUUCUAAAAAAAUUUUUUUUUCUGGUUCUCAAAAUCAAAUAGAGUAGGAGGUUUGUGCUAAAAGAAAAGUGUUUUGAAAGUGUCGUAUCCAAAGUGAAAUCGUUUCCUCAACUGUGGAAUAAACAUCAAGAGAAAGAGAGAAAAUUGAAGAGUUCAAAAGAAAAAAAAAGAAGAAAUUUUCUCAACGAUCGAGGAAGACACAUCGGAAGGGCUAACAAAAAAAAAUUGAAGCCCAUUCGAGGAUAUUAUUCGUCGUGUUUUAAUUAUCCAUCGAUAGCAAUCACCAGUGUUUUUUUUUUUGGUUGUUGUUGAGAAAGAAAAUCAACCAUAAUCAACGGGGGGUUAGAAAUCGACAAAACACAGUGUUGUGUUCAGGAGGACGCCCCUGAAACGCCUCCAUGAAGAAUCCGAGGCAAAAUGGUACGCGAGACUCGACACCUUUGGGUUGGAAAUUUGCCCGAAACAGUACGCGAAGACCGAAUUCGGGAGCAUUUUAAAAGAUAUGGCCGAGUUCAAAGUGUCAAAAUUCUCACAUCUUCAGCGUCAUCAGUGGCCGGAAGUUCGUCGUCCUCCACCACCCCCGCAGCCGCCGCCUCAUCGGCAUCGUCAGGUGUGUCAAGUGCAUCAAGUGGAAAAGAAAGUGGUGAGACGAAUGUUGAUGAACAAAGUGGAGGAUCCCCACCAUGUGGAGCCGCAUCGUCGGCUGGUGGAUCAACAAAUAGUGGUAGUAAUAGUAGUAGUAACUGUAACACUGGUGAUAGUUGUCAAACAACAACAUCUGGAGGAGUGUCGGGCAGUGGAGCAUCGUCCGGAAGUGGUGGACUGUCGUCGACGCAGCAGCAACAUGGUGGAGGUUGCCAAGCAUCUGGUGGCAGUGGAAAGCAGUCGGAAUUGUCUCAAAUUCCCACGAACAGUUGUAGUAAUUCAUCAAGUAAUAGCAAAAGUAGUGUUAAUAGUGCUAAUAGUGGUAGUGUGUGUGCGACUGUUGCCUUCAUGGACAUCAAGAGCGCCUCGAAGGCCCACACGGCCGAGCAUAAGUUUGACGAUCGUAUAUUAACCACCGAGUACUAUGAGCCAUCAUCGAUACCGUCAGCGGCGGUAUUGAGUAGUGGCGGUAGUUCACCCCUUUCAUGUUCAUCAUCUAGUUCAAUAUGUGGUAGUAGUGUAGCAUCAAAUUGUGGAGCAACGGUUGGUGGUGUCGCAUCUGCAACAUCACCAACUGCUGCACAGCAACAGUAUUCCACCGGAUCCACUUCGGUGGCAUCACGAUUUCCCUCCAGUAAUAGUCACGGUGGCUGUGGUGGUGGUUCAGGGGCAAGUGGGCCCAGUGCCAGUGGUGUUGCGGACGAUCAUUCGUCCAGCUUCGAGAGGAACUCUUUCUAUGAGCGAAGCUCGAGGAGCACCACAGAUCCCGAUCAGUAUAUCAGACGUCCUAAUAACUACCAUUCGACGGAUGUUCGAGGCCGAGCCCGGGAUCGUCUGUAUCGCAAUGGUCCCUACAUGAUCGAUAGAUCUGCACCUGUAAAUCAUCACAGAGUACCUACAAAUUCGUGGUAUGAGUCAAAUUCAGCUGGAAAUGUGGGUUCAUCGAGUGGUGUUGUCAGUGGAUCAGGAUCAUCACGAUAUGCUGGCGUUAGUGGUGUUUGUAAUUCAUCAUCGGCAUCAUCAAUAGCUGAUCCAGCUGGAGGAUAUGAUCUUCCCUUGAGUGGAUCUGGACUCGAUCAUCGGAUCGAAAGGAGGAAUUCUGAGACGUCAGAGACCUCUAUUAAUAAAACACCAUCAUCCACUGUUAGUGGCAUGAGCAAUAGUAAUACAAAGAAGAAGAAGAGUCGAUCGGGGUCUGAAUCCCCAUGUGGUGGAAGUUUAUCAUCGCGAUCUCAUUCACGAUCUCCAAGCAGUUGCAGUAGUACCAAUAGUUCAUCAUCCAAUUCACAUGGGAGUAGUAGUAGUCCAAGUGGUAAUGUUGGUGGUGGUGAAUCGGGCAGAGGUACACGUGGCAGUGGUCAAAGUGGUACUGGAUCGAGUUCGGGUAGUAGUGGAGCUAAUCCGGCCACACAUAGUGACGAUAAUAGACCAUUGGCGAUAUGUGUGAGAAAUCUUCCUGCUCGAUCAUCAGAUACAUCCCUCAAAGAUGGACUUUUUCAUGAGUACAAGAAACAUGGAAAGGUGACAUGGGUGAAGGUUGUUGGUCAGAGUACUGAUCGUUAUGCCCUGGUGUGCUUCAAGAAGGCCGAUGAUGUUGAAAAAGCCCUCGAGGUGAGUCACGAUAAAUUGUUUUUUGGCUGCAAAAUCGAAGUGGCACCGUAUCAGGGAUAUGAUGUUGAUGAUAAUGAAUUUAGACCGUAUGAAGCGGAAUUGGAUGAAUAUCAUCCAAAAUCCACGAGAACACUGUUUAUUGGGAAUUUAGAGAAGGAGAUCACGAGUUCGGAUAUACGGAAGCAAUUUGAGGGUUUUGGGGAAAUAAUUGAGAUUGAUGUGAAGAAGCAAGGAAUCUCUUCGUAUGCCUUCUGUCAGUAUGCUGACAUUGUGAGUGUGGUGAAGGCAAUGCGAAAGAUGGAUGGUGAACAUUUGGGGAAUAAUCGGAUAAAAUUGGGCUUUGGUAAGUCAAUGCCGACAAAUUGUGUGUGGAUCGAUGGGAUUGCUGAGAGUGUCAGUGAGAGUUAUCUCACUACGCAAUUUGGACGAUUUGGUCCAGUGUCUCAGGUCACCAUUGAUAAGGAUCGUCGUUUGGCAUUGGUGUUUUUCGAGCAGAUUCAGUAUGCUCAGUUGGCGGUGAAAGAGAUGCGUGGGAUUGUUUUGAGAGGGAGAAAACUGCAAGUGGAUUUUGCAUCGAGGGAGUGUCAAGAUGCAUUCUAUGAUAAAAUGGAUAAAUCGCAGUUGCCCGAGAGGAAUCCGGCCAUCUUUGAGGCACAAGUGACAACGACAGCAGCUGCUUUGAGUGCCGUGCGGAGCUUUGAGGCAUCAACGGUGGGAGGCGCAAGUGCUAGAUUUAGUCGGUACGACGGUCCUCCGAGAUCUCGAACAUCUUCCUUCAGUCGCCAUGGAAGUAUCACAGGGGGCAAUAGUGGAGCUGCAAGUCCCAUUGCGGGAGUUUUGGAGAGAGCUUCAUCGGGCAGUACGACGCCACGAGGUGCCGGAAGGCCCCGGGUCGUUAGGUACAAUACCGUUGACUUCUACGAUGGUGAAUACAGUGAUCGGAGAUCAAGGAACUACGAUGAGUACAGUCAGGGCUCAGGAGCAUCGCAUGAUGGUGAUGCGUAUGAUCAUAGUGGUUCCGGGGAUGUCUUUACUGCAUAUAGUCGUGGUACUGGAGGCAGUGAAUCACCUCCAGCGACACGGUUAGUUGAAGGGGGAAAUGGUGGAGUGGAAGUUGUAAGGAGGCGUAGUGAAAAGAGUCCAGGGGAUAUUCGACAUUUGCAGAAGGAGAGGGUACAUCUGCUGGAACAGUUGGAAGAGUGUCCGUCGAGUGGUGAUGAGUUGAUGAGUCCAAAGAAACGAAUACGCUAUGAUUCGACAAUGACAAAUGACACAGUAGUGUCGCACCAAUCCUCCUCAUCCGUUGUACAAAAUAAUAAUGUAGUUGUCAGUGACUCCAUCUGUGAUGCUAGUAUUAACCAUAGUCUUGAAUCUACUACACUGAUGCACCAUCAUCCAGGAGCGCCUGCUGUAGUCCAUCAACAUAGGAAAGUCGAAGUACGACGACUGUCGGAAUGUAGUCAAAAGAUGGCAGCAGCAAAUGCUGCUAUCAAUCGACGUCCUUCGACAGAUAGUCGAGGUCCUGUUGUCACCUACGGCACUCCCCAUGUACUGUGCAAACGUCGCAAAACUGGCUCAAUUGGAGACAGUGAUCAUCAUACAUCAAGGGGCCGUGGUCAUCAACUACACUCCCAUCAUAGCCAUGAGGCGUCGGGAGGUGAAAGUGCCGAUGGUUCACGUCCGGGUACACCUCUGUGCGAUGAGAGGCCAGAGAAUAGUAUUCCGACGGAACCGAGGCGAAUGCCACGUGAACGACCACACAAUGUCGAACCAAUGCUCUUACCUCUGCCACGCUUCUCUGCCCAGUUCUACCUCCAGAAUCGCCUGCUAGCUGCCCAGGCGGCUGCUUCGGUGGCCAGUAGUGGACCAGCUACAACUAGCACUCCAACCACUGUGGCUCCUAUCACAACAGCAGGCACCACAGUGACCUCUAGUCUUGCACAUUCACUGUCCAGUCCACCGCCAAACAGUAUUCUCGUGGCGUCGAGUCCCAAGGUGCCGCAUCACCAUUCACACUCGCACCACCAUCAUCAUCAUCACCAUCAUCAUCAUCCACCGCCACCAAUCGCCUCGUCAGCGUCAACCACCUCCAAUGUCGAACAACCACCGGCUAGUCCCCUACGACCACCCUCGCUAAGCUCCAACAGUAGCGACAGCGAAGUUGCACCGAGUUGUAGUCCAAGUCUCGAGGAACGUAUCAAAACCCUCGAUGAGAUGUUCGAAAAGUGGAAUGGAAACAAUGCCAACAGAGGAGGCGGAGCUGUUGGUACACACAUUACCAAUCCCGUCAACACUCCAGCUCCAGACUCUAGUGCCAAGAUCACAACACUCCCAGAUGGCAACAGCGGAAGCGGAAACAGCGCCUCUAGUACCACAAGUACAGGAACCAAUUACAGGCAUAAAUUCCUGGACUUAGACGUCAAUGAGGUACAACCAUCAGACAUAGUACGAUCCGUUCUGGCUAAAAAGUCCAUCUUCGAUGAAGAUUCAAAGAGACUGGAAAAUAUUGGUGAUAAAUACGAACCAAGGGAAUAUCACAAUUUUUCCCGAAGUACUACUACAUCAUUUCAGGCCACAACUUCACCCCUUCCGGGGACAUCAAGUGCAAAAACACCCACCCUGCCUGGACAACCAAUAUUCCCUUCGCCAGCUGCAGUGACACGUUUGACAAAUUCAACGGCAUCUCCCCUCAAUAGUCCCAUUGGGGGUAUGUCAUCACCCUACAAUAGUCCAUCACCGUCGCCAGUUACGCCAAAACCCAAUACACCGGUCAUGGCUCCGGCCAAAGGUCUACAGUAUCCAUUCCCGAGUCAUCCACCGGCUCCAGCACCACAGGUACCACCAGCAACAACACCUAGUAGUCAACCCCAGGCAACGCAGCAGCAGCCUCCGGUACCGGCACAGGCCGAACCGCUCAAACCGAAGAAUGUGCCCAUUACCAAGAGUAUCAGUUUGCAGGAGAAACCUGUGGUGUGCGGACAUGCCAAUAGGGUCCUCAACAAAUCCACCUCUCUGCCUGGCAGUACAAAUUCCGGCACGACGAAACCCUUUCUCACCAAGGACGAUCAAGAUGAAGUGCAACCUCAGCCUCCACAGCAAGAAAAAGAAGACAGUGGGAAACGUCACAAUUGCACCACAGUCAAGGAGGAGUCGAAACGUCGUCCAGAUAGUCUCGAUCGUCGGAAAGUGGGAAGUGAAACGUCGUCGUCAGAAGGCAUCACUGAUCAUCAUCAGACAGUUGAACAUCCAACUGAAGAUGAUCGAAGUGAGAGUGAAGAGAAGGCACGGCUGGAAAAGGAACGACGUGAACGUGAGAAGAGGCGAGAACGUGAAGAGAAGGAACGUGUUGAGAAUGAAGAAAAAGAACGACGUGAACGUGAAGAAGAGGCUAAGCGUCGUGAGGAGGAGAAACGUGAGAAGGAAGAGAAGGAACGAAAAGAACGUGAAGAACGUGAACGUUUGGAGAAUGAGAGGAAGGCUGAGGUGGAACGAGAAGAGAAUGAACGUCGUGAAGCCGAAGAGAGACGUCAUCAGGCCAAAGAUAAGGAAAAUCGCGAAAAUCCAGAGAAGUUUACCACCGAAAGUACUUCUUCGUAUGAAAAAUACGAGGAUACUGCUAAUACAAAACGUCGAGAAAGGAACAAUUCUAGGAGUUCAUCUCCAUCACGUACAAUCAACAAGAGACGCUUGAGUUCCCAGGAGAACUACGAUCUGGAUGAGAUUAAGCGCCUAAAGACGGUCAAUGAUCACAGAAAAAUGUCAACUGAUCGUAAAGAAAUGUCGCGGGAAUCAAAGAAUAAGCAUCAUAAGGAGAAGCAUCGUGUUCCGGGAACGACAAAAAAUGGUGAAGAUCGACCAGUUAGUGAGGAUCGCUGUAGGGAAAAUCGCAAGGAUAGUGAGAGAAAGAGCAGUGGCAGAAGCAGUGACAAGCACAAAUCCAAGUCAAAUCGCAGUCGAAAUGAAGAUCAUCAUCAUCAUAUGAAUAAUAUUGAUCAUGAUUUGAGUUCGCCAUCUGAAAGAGGUUCAAAUUUUCUCGAGCAUUUGGACAUGAGAUCAAGCGAGGAGGAACAGAGACAGCAUAAAAAGGAGCAGCAACGCGAGAAGAAACGCGAUAAAUUGAGAUCGUUGAGUGAAAUAUCUCAGCAGGAAUUCCUCGGAGAGUUCAAUAAGCACGAAGGCAGGGCUAAGGGAGAGUCCGGAGAGGGUAAGAAACGAUCAGGUGGUGAACGGAGAGGAACAACCGAGGAGAGCAACUUAAAGUCCUCCUCCUCGUCGGACAAUGGGCGCAAGGGAAAGUCCACGUCGUCAUUGAGAAAGAUGAACGCCAGCAGUGAUUCGGAUGAUUCUGAUGAACCCAAGAAGCAUUCCAUCUUCGAUAUACCCGACGAGGGCCCCACUUACAUAUCAAUGUACGACAAGGUGAAGGCUCGUAGUUGCAAGAAUAUGCAGCGUCAGGAGGAAGAGAAGAAGAUUAAGGCCAAAUUUACGCAGCUCAAACAGUCUCGGGCAAAGAGGGAGGAAAAGAAACGUUCAACUAGUUGGGACGAUGAUACAGACAGUGAAAUGGAUGAUCGUAGAUCUGUUAAAUCUGGUCUCAAUCAUAAGAAGAUCAAUUCGUCCAGUGAAGAUGAAAUGCUGAUCAGUCGUGUACCCAAAACCGAAAUGAUCUCAGAUUCUGAGUCAGAAAUGAGAAGAUCACAGUACAAUCGAGAUAAGAUCAAUGAACUCUGCGAUGGAGAGAGUUCCGAAGCCAGUGCCAUUCACCAGAAACCACGAAGGAAGAUCUCUUCGAGAAAGAAUUCCCGUUCCACAAGAAUUGCUUCGGACAGUUCAGAAGAUGAAGCACUGUCGAAGAUUAAGGAAGAGAAACUCGAUACAGAUACCAUCAAGAUCAAGACUGAAGUCAAAACGGAGUCCGACGAGAAGCUCAAUCGUGGCAAAUUGUUCGAACGCAGUGAGAGCGAAGAAACCCAUUCGAUGGGAACUGAAUUGAUGGCAGCUGCAGCCAUUAAGAUGGAACCCAAAGAUGAACCUGUGGAUGUGUACAAAAAUUCUCUGUGCAACAUCUCAUCAGACGAACAUGACAUCUCAAUUAACAGUACAAAUCAGAAGGAUCCGUUCGAUCAACUCUUCAGUCCGGACACUCGGAAGAAGCACAAGAAGAAACAGAAGCGUCAGAAGAGUGUCCCACCUGUCACGCCAACAGAAACUGCUCCGAGCGGAGGUGAUAAGGGACUGAAGGUACUCGAAGAAGUGAAAAUGGAGAAGCAAGUGCCACUGGAUCUGUUUGACGAAUUGAAGAAGAACACUGUGAUGCCUGAGCAAAAGAAGAAACACUCCAGUCGGAAGGAAAAGAAACGUGACAGGAUGUCCAAGGAAGAUUAUGAAAACAGAGAGAGAUUCCGUGAUGAACGCACUGGGAAAGUGAAGAAGAAUAAGAAGUCAGCCAAGAUCAGUGACUCGUAUGACAACCAGAAGAACUUCAUCAAAGGAGGUGAGAAAAUGGAAGAUAUCUUUGGACCACUAUCCGAUGAUGAUACAAUCCACUCAUUUCCGGACAUGGUUAAAACUGAACCUGUCUCUUCAUCCCUUUCUACCUCAAUGGCCAGUAUUUUUGAUGCCCAAUCGGAGAGCAUUAAGACAGAAGACAUUAAAGUGGAAAAUCCACUGGUGUAUCCCACCAAAGGGAUCUCUGGGGAUGACUUUAAGUCAGCUUCGACAGUUUUGCCAAUGCAGUCCGAACGAGAGCGCCAUAAGGAUGAAUCUCGUAAACGAAAAGAGAAGAAGCGUCGCGAACGAGAGAAAUCCCGGGCAGCAGCAGUGGCCAAAGAGGAUGAGAAUAGUGUGGAUUUGGAUGAAGCUGGGCGGGCUCUCGAGGCUCAAUUGCUCAAGGAUAUGGACACAAAGAUCGAUGAGUUGCCAAAUGCUGUGAAGCAGGAACCUAGAGGCAGUGUUGGGGAUGUUAUGGAUGUUUUCCGCUUUACCGAUGGCGAUGAUAGCAUUGAGAAUGUUAUGUCUAAGGACAAGGAGAAAGAAACUUCUGGGGAGCAACAUCGAUCUAAGGAGAAGAAGAAGAAAAAGAAACGGUCGAAGGAAGAGAAGCAUCAAAGGAGGGAACAUCAUCAAUCGAAGAAUUCUUCUUCAUCUAUGGACUCCAAAGGAAGCAAUGUGGACAAAUUGGUGGAUGAGCAACAAAAGCUGAGUAAGCAAUCGCCAAGUUUGCCAUGUUUGCUGGAAGAGAGUCCUCCACCUCCAUCGAAAAAUGCCAAUCUCUCUGUGUCUGUAAAUCGGGAGAGUCGGUCUCCGGGGAAUGCUGUGCUGAAACCGGUGACGCCAAAAGCCAAUGUGGAGAGCAAGAGAAAACCUGAAAAAUUCAUUCCAGGAUUUGGUGGUGAAGUUGAUGAGACAAUUCAUGAGUCAGCUGUCAAGUCAAUCAGUACGGAAUUCACGACAAAUCAACCUGAAAUUCCUGCGGAAAUUGAUGAUAAGACAGAUUUGGCUGAGAGUGAUCUGUCGUCGAAGAGUUCCGAAGGAGACAAAGCAGAUGAUAAAACAUCUCGGGUUAUCAUUUCGCAGGAAGAAACUGAGGAUGCCGUUGCUGCUCUACUUGGUGAGAGUUUUGGCUCUUCAAGUGUACCCGACUAUACGGAUUGCUAUACAACUCCUACGCCAAUUGAGGAGAGUCCGUCAGCUCUGGCACCGGAUACUAUUAUUCCGGAGGAAGAUGCUGAAGAGAUGCGUAAAGCUGUACAGAGUUUGAAUACAGAAGAGUUGGAUUUGAAGCCUGAUACUCCUCAAUCGGAGCAUGAUUUGCAAAUUGACACGGAUACCGAAGAGCAAGAGGAGGAUUCUGCUGGGAAUGCCUUGCGCUUUGAUCAACCUCCGAAGACGCCAGAUGUCGAUUUGACGGCAAUCCGGAAGGAGGCAUCAAGUGAAAAGGCACAAGUUCAAGCAUCUCCCAAAGAAUCCACCCCUCCAGUUGCUCCGAAAGUCACUACUCCUCCAGUUACGGGAACUUCUGUCAUCACAAAGACAGUUAGUCAACCAGUGUCGCAGCCUGAAGUUGCGAUUUCCAAAGUUGUGCAAAUUCCUGUACAGGUGUCCAUUCCCACGAAGCUGGUAGAAACCCCAGCUCCUCAGCCCGUUCAGGCGAGUAUCGUGGAGAAUCCUGCUGUAAAGGUAAUUCCGGCGUCUUCAGGAACAAUUGUGGUUACAUCAAAUCCACCACAUACUCGUGCCAGUAAUAUCAUGAGUACAACUCCAAGACCUCAGUUGAUCUAUCAAAAUGCCAUGAGACCAAGUCAUCCUCCUGUUCCACAGUCGCAGCCACAGCAUUUCCUUCCGCAACAGCCACAACCGCAGAAGAUGCAACAACCACCGAGACCGCCGGGUCCGUAUCUAAUGCAGCCGCCAACUAUAAAUAUUCCCGAACAACCGCCUCAGUACGUCUAUCAGCAGAUUGGAGUGAUGAUGUCACCCAGAAAUGCUGGAGAUCCUCGUUUGGCAUCGCCACGACAACAGCAACAACAACAACAAGUACAAACUGCCCAGCAACAGGCAUUUGGCAAGAGUGCAUCCCAGUUGAGUCCAACGGGAAUGAUUCGAAGCCAAGAACCUCCGUCGCCGAGGCAAUCACCUCAGCAACUGAGUCCUGCUGCAAUUUCCACACACCAUCAACAACAACAGCAACAACAAAUACAGCAUAUGAUGCAACAACAGCGACAAAUGCUGUCACCUUCUGGUCAACAUCCCAUGAACAACAAUCUCAUGAUGAAUCGUGUUCCCGUUGCCCCAAUACUAACGCCCAUCUCGAAACCAAUGCCACAAUCUCCGAUGCAGCCGCCGAGUCAGCAGAAACCACAACAACCACCGGCUACUCAGCCACAUUCCAAGGAGAUGCCUCCGCAGACCGUGGUGAGAGUGGUGCAGACUACAGCAGCUCCAUCGGCCAUUCAAGUCACUCCGAAGAUUGUUACUCAACAGACUGGGCAGAUAAUGACGCAACUUCCAAAGCCCCAAGGUCAACCAACUGGCCAACAACCGCCUGAGAUGCUCGACAACAAAUUGCCCAAAGGUGUGAUUCUGCAAUUGCCACAACAAAACUAUCCGAAUCAUCAAGUUCUGCAGCAACAAAAGCAGAUGCAACAGAUGCAACAAAUGCAGCAACAUCAAAUGUUGCAGCAUAAGCAAAUGUUUCCGAAGCAACAACAACAGCAACAACAUUUGGUGCAGCAACAGAUUCAUCAACAAAUGGUUAAUCAACAGAAGCAUCUGCAGCAGCAGUCAAUAAUCCAGGGAGUUAGCAAAUCAGGCGAGAUUAUGCGGCAUCAACAGUCAAAUAUUGUCAUGCAUCAAAGUCAACCAACAAAGAUUCCACCACAAUCGCAUCCACAGCCACAACAAGCAAUGAUGUAUCCUUCUGUUGUGAAGCAAACAUUGCCAAUGGCACAGAAACCUCUGGAGACGACAACCAAAACAAGUCUCCAGGUAAUUCCAACAGCAACAAUCACACCUACUGCAGCACCACAACCGCAAAAAGUGGAAGUGGAAAAGAAGGAAUUUCCAAAAGAGCAAUCAAAUGUUCCGGUUGAAGUGCCGGAAGAGGAUAAAUCUGCUGUCAAGGAUGAUAAUCCAACUGUCAUAAAAUCUGGCACAUCAACUGGUCCCGAUGGAUCGUCAUCUCUUUUGACUGAGGAGAAUGUCAUUAAAUUGUCCAAUGCUACAGAUGAGCAUAUGGAACAAGAUUCCAAGGAAGACAGUGACUAUUGGUCAGCCAAAGAGGUGAAUAUUGAAUCGGUAAUUAAAAAGGUUGAUGCCCUAUGCUCUGGAGAAGAUACUUCGGAGGAGGGUUCAGAAGUUACCACAAAAACAACAGAGUGGACAGAAGAGAAUCAACAAAAUGCUCCAGAAAGUGCCAAAUUGGAGACUGAGAAACACAAAGAAACACCAAAAGUGGCUGAAAAUGCCGAAACAAAGCCUCAACCGGAAGUGCCGUCGGAAAAUGUUGAAGCUGAAGAGGAAUUUGAUGAAGGUGUCUGUGACAAUCCAGAUGCAAAGGAUGGUGGAAAGAAACGUGGAAGGGGUCGAGGUAGAAAGACUGAACCCGAAACUGUGGAGAAUUUGAAGGCUCCUCCACCAAACAACAACAACAACAUUGAGUCACCAGAAGUACUUUCAGCAGCAGACACUCAAACUGGCGGAGUACAGACAAGACGUGGUGGAAAGGCAGCCAAUCGUCGAAAGGGUGGAAGAGUAACAAGAGGAACUGUGGCUAGUGUAUCGCCAACAACAAUUCCUUCAACAUCUGCCUCUGACAGAAAGACACGAAAUCAGAAUUCUGAAUCAGAUGUCUAUGAAUUCCAUGAAGAUUCGGGCGAGGAAGUUAAUCCGGGAGCAGCAAAGGCUGCUUCAGGUGAAGAUAGUCGUCCAAGGCUCAUAUUGACCAUCAAGAGUCCGGCUCCGCCAGUUCAAACACCCACAAGUGUCUCCUCAAAUCCAGCAAUAGUUCAAACACAACCCGUUCAGCAACAGCCUCCUCCUGUUUCUGAACCAUCAAAUACGAGUCCAAGUCAAGUUCCAACUUCAGGGGUAUCUUCUAAUGAUGAAUUCACAUCUCCAGCUGCAAAUACACGCAAAUCUCGACGACUUCAGGAAAGAGAUGGCACAAGAAGUACAGUUGAUGAUGUGAUUGAGGAUGUUGUGAAGAAUGUGACAAAUUCCCCGAAGGCUGGUAGUAUGACACCACCACGAAGAACUACCAGAAGUACAAUGAAUCAAUCUCCAGCACCAGUUGUAGCUGUCAAGGCAAUUGGACAGGAUAAAUUGCCAAAUGUUGAUGUUAGGAAAUCCCCGAGAGCCAAUAGGACAACCAAGAAUAAAGAUAGAAAACUCUCGGAGACAUCGACUGACAGCAAUGAGGAACGGAAGAUUGAGACUGAGCAGGCGGCACCUGAAGAGAAACCUCCACAAAUGGAAAUUAAGAAAGUGGAUGGUCCUCAGCCUGAGAAUCUGGCAGCUGAGAAGACUGAGCCAGUUGCUGUACCACAUGAACAGCCAAUAAAACCGGAAAUGGUACCACAACCAAUUCCUGGUAAUCUACCCAAUGACGCUUCAACGACGUUGAUUGAUCCUGUAACUGGAGAACUCAUGGUGAUGCGUCAUAGUAAGGAGGGUCAGUACAUUCCAGUACCUAGGAAUGCUAGUCAGGCGGCACACUUAUUGGCUAAGCAACAGUUGGCUAAGGGAAUGCCUCAGCAACAGCAGAUGAAGCAGCCUGAAGUUCCGAGUGUUGUGAAACAAACGCCUCAUUCGGAACCACAACAACAGCAACAGCAUAUUCCGCCUCCUCAGCAACAGGCUCAACCUCAGAUUCAGCCUCAGCCUCAGCAAAUGCCAGUUCCGCCUCCUCAACAUUCCAUGCCACAGCCUAGUCAGAAUGUAGCAACGGUUUCCGUGGUAUCGCAGGGUUUCCCUACCAGUACCAUGAUCGGGAAACCAAUAGGAUCAACAACGGUGACUAAUGUCUCAAUUCCACUACCACUUUCCGUUUCGACGCCGAUUUCCAUGCAUCCUGCUUCAUCGGCGACUACGAUUAUCACAAGUUCUGCGCCUCAAAUGGUGCAACAACAACAACAGCAACAGUUGCAGCAGCAGCAACAACAACAGCAGCAACAACAAAUGAGAUCGCAUUCGCUGAAGCAGCAUGUGCUGAACUCUCAGGCUAGUAUAAAGCCAAUUGUGAUACAGACAAUGUCAAAGCCACAUCCGAGUGUGCAGCCGCCUCAGGCGUCGACACAGCAGUAUCAUAUGCCUCCUACUUCUAUGAGUCAGCAACAGCAACAACAACAACAACAGCAGCAGCAGCAGCAUCAGCAACAGGUGCAAAUAAAGGCUCCACAGUUAGCUCAAAAUCCUCCACCAGUUCAGCCACAAUCAACAGUCCAGCAGCAGCAUCAGGCCAGUGUGGUGAUGCAGAAUCAACAGGGAAAGAUCCUUGGACCACCGCCAAAGCCUCAAGCUCAGUCUGGUCAGCAGCAACAUCCGGCAAUGCCGCACAAUCUCAUCAUAAAUGUGCCCCCGGUGAGCUCUGCUGCAUCUGCAGCGACGCUGUCGCCGCGUGUUGUACAACAUCAACCACCGCAGCAGAUGAAGCAACAAAUUACAAUUACACAGCAACAGGCUCAACCGUCACCGUCUCAGGCCCAACCGCAACCCAUUCAUUUGAGUCAGAAAUCCCAAGGGCCACCUCAAUCGCCACAGCAGCAACAUGUGCCACAACAAAUGGUUAUCCAUGGUGGCAAGAUGAUACCACAACCGCCACCGAUUGGAUACGCCACAGUGCUGCAGAGUGGAAAGAUGAUUCAGGCUUCGCCGCCACCGCCACAGAUCCAGUCGCCCUCAGUGGCAAACUUGACGAAGCAGCAACAACAGCAUAUGCAGGUGCAACAGCAAAUACAGCACCAUCAUCAGCAGCUGGCGAAGCAGCAGCAGCAGCAGCAUCAUGUGCUGACGUCGCAGAAGCAUCAUUUGGUGGUCAAGCAACAACAGGCACCACAACCACCACAGCAACAGCCACUGCAUCUGGGACAGUCAGCACAGCCACAGCCGCCGCAGCAACAACAACAGCAGCAACAGCAGCAGCAUAUGUUGACCAAUGUGACGCCAAGUGUUGCACAUCAGGCUACCAAACACAUCCAGACAGCUUCGACUCAGAUCCUCCCACCGGGAAUGCCACCGCAGAACAAAGGUGUUAUGGGACUGCAUCAGUCACCGCAAAUACUCACAGGGGCCGUGGCUAGUCCUCCGCCCAAACAGCCACAUCUUACCAGUCAACAACCCAUUGUGACAGGUGCUAGCAGUUCCCGUGUUACUGUUCCCCCUAUCAGUCCACAAGGUCAGGCCCGUGGUCAUAUUUUGCAAGCUGGUCUGCCAGUUCCUGCAUUCGAAGCCAGUCUGCACAAUGAAAUUGGCUAUGGGAUUACACGAUCACAGAGUCCUCCACCUGCUCAUCAGCAGGCAUCUCCGAUAACUCCGGGAGAUGGACCCUAUCCACCUGUUCCGCUGCGUGGAGUACCAAGGGAUCAUCACAUCAUGAUGUAUCACCAUCAGUACAUUCGAGCACAAGAAGCUCUCAAUCAUGGUGCAAGGAUUCCAUACCAUAUGCCAAGAUCACCAAUGCUUCCGGGAUCAGCUGAUCAGAAGAGUGAAAUAUCAGAGCUGGACGAUACCUCCGUGGCGAGUCCUCCGUUAGAAUUGAGGCGUCCUGCAAGUGGUCCACGAGCUACCACAGCUGUUCCGCAUAGCCUACAGAGUCCUCAGGAUCGUGCAACUGACUCACCCCAAGUGGCUCAAGUGUACGUUCCGGGUACACGAAUUCCCCAUCCUCACUAUCCAGAUGCCGGAGCUAGGAGUUACUAUGAAUCCGCAGCGGCACGUCCGCUUCCGGCUGAACCACCGCCGGCUCAUCGGCCGUCGUCGCACAGUGUUGUGGCCCCAAUGAGUCAUCCACCGACAAAUUAUGGGGCCCCAAGUGUGCCUACAACACCCACAAAUCUCUCUCACAUGUACUCCCAACAUCCCAAGACACUUGAACGCGAACGCGAGCAGCGAGAGCGCGAGAAGGAGCGCGAAACACGUGCUUCCAUUCCAAGCCAUGCCAAUAUGCCCAGCCAUGGGACACUAGUGCCAGCGAUGCCGGCGCCAACAGGACGCAAUUUGCAAGUGGCUACGCCACCCCAUGCCAGUCAAGUGCCCCCGCAGGCGGACUCCCUCAUGAUGCUGCUGCAGCGGUAUCCGGUGAUGUGGCAGGGACUUCUGGCACUGAAGAAUGAUCAGGCUGCUGUACAGAUGCACUUUGUCUUUGGCAAUCCCCAAGUGGCUGGUGAUUCGUUGCCGUGCAACAGUGACGGAUCAACGCCACCGCUCAGGAUUGCUCAGCGGAUGCGUCUGGAACAGACACAGUUGGAGGGUGUGGCGCGAAAGAUGCAGACGGACAAUGAGCACUGUAUGCUUCUGGCAUUGCCGUGUGGUCGUGAUCAUAUGGACGUACUGCAGCAAUCCACCAAUCUGCAGUCGGGCUUUAUCACGUACCUGCAGCAGAAGCAGGCGGCCGGAAUAGUGAAUAUUGCUGCUCCGGGAAGUCAACAGGCCGCCUAUGUGGUGCACAUCUUUCCCUCUUGUGACUUUGCCAAUGAGAAUCUGGCCAGAAUUGCUCCCGAUCUGCUUCAUCGAGUGGCAGACAUUGCACAUUUGCUCAUUGUCAUUGCCACUGUCUAAGACAACAACAACAACAAAAGUAUCAAGACGAAUCUCUCGAGAAAAAGAGAGAAAAUACCUCCCCCGGACUAUGACGAACAAUACAAGAAAAAAAUAGAAAGAUUGAAGAGAAAGAUGGAUAAUGAAAGGUAACACAAAUAAACUACGAUAUUUGAUCUCAUUCUUAUUAAGGAAAAAAAAAAAACAAAACACAAGUAAUUCAUCCAUGUUUUUUAAGCGUAAUGUCACUUCGUGUAGAGAAAGUCAACAAAAAAUAUUAAAGAAAAAAAAAAAAACAGAAAAAAGUAAGCAAAAAUGUAGAAUUAUUUACAGCUGAUGAAUUUCUUUGAAAUAAAAAAAAACAUAGUUCUUUUCUUCAUAAACUAAUCGCCCUUUAUAAAAAAAACACAAAAUCAUUUUGCAGUCGCUCCUGAGGAAAAAAAACCUAAUAAAAAAAAAGAUAGAUAAAAAAUAAAACGUAGGAAUACUUUAUGUUUAGAAAAUGAAAGCAGAAUGUCUUUUUAAAGAACUCAUACCACCAAAUAGAUUUAUUGCUAUUUCUUCAACAUAGAAGCUGAGAAAAAAAGAAAGAAAAACACUAAUCUGGAGAAAAAAAAACAUAGAAAUCACAAGAAAAUUCAUUUGUCACUGCAGCAUAAAAAAUCAUACUGAGAAAUUGAAAUAAAUAAAAGAAAUCUUUAAAAAUCGUGAGAAAAGAAGAAAGUUCUCUUUUUGAAAUUUUAAAAACUCACACACUCACACACAGAUGGCGCAUGUAAAAAGAAUUUAAGAAUAUAUAAAAAAAUGUAAGUUUUGUAAAUUUAGAAAAAAACAAGAGUAAAAAAAAAACACCUAAAACGCCCGUUGUAUAAAAAAAACUACCCCUUUGUAAAUAUUUUUCUUUUUAUUUUCUAAUGAUGUAGGAUUAAUGACAUUAAUUUAAUCCCAUUUAGUUUGUAGAAAAAGCCCUUUUUUUAUUAAAUCUAAAACUAUAUAUUUUCUAAGAAGAUGACUUUUAUUUCCUGAUUAUUUUUUGCAUUUGCAAAAAAAAAACAAGAAAAAAUAUCUUUUUUCUGUCUCUGAAGAAGGAUUUUCCUUUUUUUCGAAAAAUUCUGGAUAUUUUUCCUGAAUCUUAAAAAUUCAUUCGGAAAAUGUAAAAAGAAAUUUUCACACGGUUUUUUUUUCUAUUUGACUACUUAAUUCUCACUGACGAAAGGAAGAAAUAAAAAGAAAUAAAUUGAAAUUAGAAAGCAUGAAAUAAAAAUAACUAGAAUUUGUAGAAAAUUUUGUGAAAAAGAAAUAAAAAACAGAAGAAUGAAAGAAAAAAAAUCAUUCUCGUUGAAAAGAAAGUUUUUACUAGUUGCAAAAAAAAUAAUAAAUAAAUAAAUAAAUAAAAGUAAAAAAAACCAAGUGAGAAAAAACGUUAGAAUUUUAGAAAAAAAAGUGAGAAUGAUGAAAAAAUAAAUUUGACUAAAAACUUAUUGGAAAGAAAAUUGUUUUUAUGUUACUGUAAAACUUCUUGUACAGAAAAAAGAGAAGAAAAAAAAAUUGCAAAAAAUAUAAAUUAGUGAAAGAAGAGUAAGUUUAAAAGAAAAAAAGUGAAUAAACUGCUGUAAGUUAUAAUAUUUACAAUAUAAAUAUUUGCAUUAAGUGAAAGAGAAACAAAUAUUAUUAAAAGAAAAAAAAAGAAAAAUGGAGACGAAAGAAAAAUUUACGAGUAAAAAAAACUAUUAAUAAAUAAACAAUAUAACAUGAAAAAAAACUAUUGAGAGGUAAAAAGUAAAAAAAAGCAAAGAAGUUUAAAUUAAAUUUAAAAAAAAGGAGAAAAAAACAACAACAA